AUGGGAUUUGAGAAGGCCGGAGUAGAAAGGAAAAUGCAACUACAAGAAUUAGAGAACCUUCGCUUAGAAGCAUAUGAUAACUCCAGGCUUUACAAAGAAAAGAUGAAAGCUGUGCAUGAUAAGCACAUUAAACGGAGAGCGUUCAGACCUGGGGAAUUAGUUUUUCUUUACAACUCCAGGCUGAGAUCAAGGUGGGAAGGUCCCUACAGAGUAGAGAAAGUAGAGCCAUAUGGAGUCUUCCACCUGAGCCAUCCUUCAAGUUCCAAUAUCAUCAAAGUCAAUGGACAUCGUUUAAAGCUGUAUCAUGGUGAGAAGAUAAAGGACAACAAAGAGAUAGAGGUUUUCCUCUUGGAGGACCUGCCAACAGAAGCAGAUUAA